CCUCCUACAAAGCCCCCCUCCAUUUCCAUUCAUAUCCAACUCUUUUACGUUGAGCUCCUCUAUAUCUCUCUCUCUCUCUCUCUCUCUCUCUCUCAAUUCAGUUCGCAGUUCUUCUUCUUCGUCUUCAUCCAUGGAUUCUUGCAGCAAAUCAAUCAGAGACUCCACUUCUCCCUUCGAUUGCAUCCUCUUCGAUUUGGAUGACACUCUGUAUCCUUCCAAGGCGGGGCUUGGCCAAGCCACCAAGCGAAACAUCGAAGAUUUUCUCGUCGAAAAAUGUGGAUUCCCUGAGACACAAGCUUCGACUCUCCGCGUUGAGCUCUUCAAGACUUACGGAAGCACUCUCGCCGGUUUGCGAGCAUUGGGCUAUGACAUCGACGCUGACGACUAUCACAGUUUCGUGCACGGAAGGUUGCCGUACGAUUCGAUCAAACCAGACGCUCCACUACGAAACCUUUUGCGCAGCAUCAAUCAAAGGAAAAUCGUUUUUACCAAUUCGGAUAGAAAUCAUGCGAUGAAGGCACUGGAUCGACUUGGAAUCAGAGACUGCUUCGAGCUGAUCAUAUGCUUCGAGACUCUGAAUCCAAACCUCUCGAAAUCGACUCGCCUUGAUGAGUUUCCCGUAGUUCUGAAACCCUCAUUGGACGCCAUUAAAACCGCCAUCGACGUCGCAGAGGUCGAUCCUUGUCGUACGCUGUUUCUUGAUGAUAGCGUCCGGAAUGUUGCAGCUGGGAAAGCCUUGGGUCUCCGAACUGUUCUCGUAACUUUGCUUCCCAAACACGAGCAAGGAUCUGUUGGGUUGGAAAAUCAGGGAAGAUCAAAGAAGCCGAUUAUGCAUUAGAGACUGUAAACAACUUGGCUCAAGCAAUUCCAGAAAUAUGGUUUGGCACAGGAGACGGCAACGAUCGAAGGCUCAAUCGAACCAAGGGCCAGUUGGAUGCCAUUCUUGCUACAGCACCUCUUCGGGUUUAAGCAAAUUCCAAACGGCUACGCACCUAAAAAAAAUAUUUAAAAAAGUGUUAGAAUUUGAAUAUAUUAUGAAUUGAAUGAAAUCAGAUUCAUACUAUUCAAAUUUUAAACAUUUUUUUUAAAUAUUUUUUAAUCAAUGCGUAGUGUUAUUAUAAAGGUGAUAUGCAUGGUUGUAAUAAUAUAUGUGCAGAAUAAUAAGGUUUUUAGAUGUACUUAUUUACGAAUAAAGAAAACUUAAGAGUUUCGUGUCAAUUCUUCUUACAUUAUAAUAAUGUUCUCUUUAGCUUAAUGUAAUGUUAAAAAAGGCGUGUCAAUUCUUCUUGCAUUA